GUGUACGUCUGUAAACAAACUGACGCGUCGUUUUACUUGUAAUCAAACUGUAAACAGGAAGCAUUAAGAAUUCAUAUUUAACACGUAAUAUUAAUGUGCAUUCGAUCAUUGUUGACAGAGCAGUGAUCGAUAAGUGAUUAACGCUCCCUGUCACGUGACCGUUUCCCUGCUAACAACAUGGCUGCCGAGGACCUGCCGUCUGAAUUUGACGUCGUCAUUCUGGGCACAGGUCUCGCUGAGUCGGUGGUCGCAGCAGCGUGUUCCAGAGUCGGACAGAGAGUUCUCCACCUCGACCGGAGGAGUUAUUACGCAGCGAACUGGGCCAGCUUCACCUUCAACGGCCUGCUCACCUGGAUAGAACAGCAGCAUGAGGAGUCUCCUUCUGAGGAGGUCCAGGAUUGGUCGAGCCUGUUGGAGGAAGGGGAGGAACUGAUCUACCUGUCGAAACCUGACUCCGCCUCCAUCACUAACCUGCAGGUGUUCUGUUUCAUCAGCCCUGAGACACAGGUGUCAUCUGUUUUCAGUGAAGAAGAUGAGGAGGACGAAGCUCAGAGUCAUGAUCCUCCAAACACCACAGAAGAAGAAACGGGAGCUGAUGAUGAAAACGCUGCUAAAGAGACAUCAGAGACAGAACCUGCAGAUUCAAACGACAAAGAAACAAAAGAGGAACCAGAGGAAGCAGCUGACGGAGGAGAGGAUGGACAGGUGAGGAGGUCACAGGCUGCUCACACACAAGGGGAGGAGCCAGAGGGAGAUCAGCCGUGCCUCCAUGCCACUCAAAGCCAAUCGGAGCCAACCAGGAAGCAGAUUAGCUAUGCUCAGCUGGUCAAAGAAGGACGUAGGUUCAACAUCGACCUCGUCUCCAAGCUGAUGUAUUCUCGCGGCUCAUUGGUCAAUCUGCUCAUCAAAUCAAACGUCAGCCGCUAUGCAGAGUUCAAGAACGUCACCAGGAUACUGACCUAUCGCCAUGGCAACGUGGAACAGGUGCCCUGCAGCAGAGCUGAUGUGUUUGCCAGUCGUCAGCUGUCUGUGGUAGAAAAGAGGAAGCUGAUGCGUUUCCUCACUUCCUGUGUGGAGGAGACAGAGGAGCAGCAAGCUUACAAUGGUCGGCCAUAUUUAGAGUUCCUGCGUGACCAGCAGCUCGGAGACAACCUGCAGCACUUCCUGCUUCACUCCAUUGCCAUGGUGACAGAGGAUACAGCCACAGAGGUGGGGCUCGCCUCUACACGUCACUUCCUGCGCUGCCUGGGACACUACGGCAACACGCCUUUCCUAUUUCCUGUCUACGGCCUUGGGGAGAUACCUCAGUGUUUCUGUAGGAUGUGUGCUGUGUUUGGAGGAGUCUACUGUCUGAGACACUCAGUCCACUGUCUGCUGGUCAACAAAGACACCAACAGGUGUAAAGCGGUGAUUGACAGUCGAGGACAGCGAAUCAGCUGCAGCCAUUUUGUGGUGGAGGACAGCUACGUGGCCACAGAGAGGAAGAAGGUGGCCACGCCCACCAGGUCCCUCAGCAGAGCUGUCCUGAUAACUGACGGCUCCGUUCUGCCCGGCGACUCAGACCAGCAGGUUUCCUUGGUAACGGUUCCUCCAGUGGCAGCGGGGUCUCUGGCGGUGAGGAUGGUGGAGCUCUGUCCGUCCACGAUGACCUGCAUGCCUGGAACCUGUGAGUCAAACACACCUGGUGUGUUACCUGCUGACAGAGCUGUCCCCUCCUCAGACAUGAUGUCCUGUAACACAUGCUUCCUGUCAGGUUUCCUCAGUCUCAUGAUCAUCGCUCGGCUUCUUUCGCUUCCUGUGAGAUUAAAAAUACGACGGCUGUUUGCUGGAUGGAUCCCUGAGCUUUUCCAGGUCCAUUAUUUCCACACAGCGUUAACAGAGAUGGAGCGAGUGAGAGUCUGCAGCAGCAGGAACACUGAUUAAUGACACACACACCCACACACACACCACAAGUGUGUGUUACGCCUGUCAGAUCAUCAUCACCAUCUUCCUCUGUGGUGUCCUGAUGCUGCGGCGUGAUUGGUUACUGAGUCAGUGGGCCUGAACUCCUUCAAAACAAAACAUCAUUCAUCUAAACACACACACACACACUCACACACACACACACACUCACACACACACACUCACACACACACACACACACCCACUCACACACACACACUCACACACACACUCACACACACACACACACACACACUCACACACACCCACACACACACACUCUCACACACACACACACACUCACACACACAUGAUUCAGGUGUUCCUCUUCCUGCUGGAGAACCAGACGUUCUGCAGUAAACUGGAACCUCUGAGGAAGUUCUGAGGCUCUUUGAGAGUUUCAGUUUUAUCGUGGAGAUGUGAGCGGUUCUUCGGGUUCUCAGGGUGAUUUACAAGGUCUUUAAGGAACAUGAAUGUGUGUUGAAAAGCUCCCUGAAUGAUCACUGAGGAGGCUCCCCCUGUGCUUCAGUGUGAAGAUAAUAUUUCCAGACCAGAACGUGAAGAACCACGAAGUCCAUCGGACUGUCACUCAGCAGGUUACCAUGGAAACCCAUGUCAGCCUGGCUGUUACCAUGGAGAUGGCAGUCAUCAGAUGUUUUCCGUCUC